AUGGAGUUUAAAGAAUAGGUUCAAUAAAUGAGGAAUAAUGCAAUAUUGAAGUUUAAGAUAGACCAUAUUAUGGAGAAAUAAAAUAAUACUUAAAUAAAGUAUAAGAAAUUAAAUUAAAAAUUAGAGAAAUGCUGAAACUAUUAUUAAUAUGUAGAAUGAUAGUGGAUUAUGUAGUAGAUAAUAUAUUAAGCAAAAUUUUUGAAUGAGAAAUUGAAUGCAUAUGCUCAAAUAAUAAAGAAAAGAUUAUUAUUAAAAGGAAAAAAUCUAAAAAGGACUUAAAACUAUUUGAUAGAUAGGGAAUUUUUGGAAGCUGAAACAGAUAAGGAAAGUAUAAAGUGA